GCAGAUUUCUGUAUUACUGACGGCGGGGAUGCAGCGGCUCACACACACGGGGCCAGCCGAGCCUCCCUCAUUAUCCCCCGGCUAUAAUUACACACACUGACCCGCUUACACCGCGUCCCCUCCAAAAGCUCCGAGCCCCGACGCGCCACAGCGGAGACUCGCUCAUCCUCUCCCCGCCCACAGUGAGCCAAAGAGCGGCCACACGAGGCGAGCGAGCCGCGUCCUCAGCACCACCGGAGCUGUCCACUAUUUCAGCAGAAAACAGCGUUCAAAGGCGGGCAGGAGGUUUCUACACCCGCUUGCCUCCAGGAUGGCGCCCAAAUACGCAGUUUUCGUUGUAUUUUUUCAGCUUUUUACUUUGAAUGUAGUGAUCCAGACUUUUGCCUUUCCGACACCGGCGUCAACAGAAGAUAAAACAGUGUACAACAGACAGCUGACAGAAGAAAAGCCUCUAAUAGACCAGAUUGCUGAAGCAGAUAGCGUGAAGGCUGCGGUCCUGUCAGCCGGGAGCAAACAUCCGGCUGCCUCCAAGGACACGGCGCAGGACAAUGAUGACUUCAGUGCUCUCAAGUCGUUGGCUGAGGGCCAGAAGUCCAAGAUGGAGUCCGAAGAUGUGCCAGACCAGAGCAGCCAAAAGAGCGAUCGGUUUGUGCCCGAUGAGUCAGACUCUACCAAGAACCGGCGAUUGGCAGAGGACUACGAUUCCACCAAGAACGGGAUGAGCGAUGGGAAGUACCAGGCAGAUGUCCCAGAGAGCUUCCGUCAGGUAGAUGGCACUCCUCUGACAGCCGAGGACAUCGUGCAGAAAAUCGCAAACAAAAUCUAUGAAGAAGACGACAGAGGAGUGUUUGACCGGAUCGUGUCCCGGCUGCUCAAACUGGGGCUGAUCACUGACAGCGAGGCGGACUCUCUGGAGUACCAGGUUGCCGAGGCGCUGCAGAAACUCAUCACUAAAAAUGCCCAGAAAAAUGAAGUGGAGGAAACGGAAGAGAGCGAGGAGCCCAGAGGCGAGGAGGAGGAGCAGGACUCGGACGCAAACACGUGGGAGAGCUCCCCACAGCGCCGCUUUAACGAUGAUGAAGAGGAGGAGGGAGGGGAGGAAGGAGAGGAGGGGGCAGAGGAGGAGAAAAACAUGGAGGACGGUGAGGGGGAUGAUGGAGGAGACAUGACCGGCGAUGAACGAUGGGACAGGGACGCUCAGAACGAAGUCAGCCCCAACGAUGGACUCCAGGACCUUCAGUACUUCCCCAACUUCUACCGCCUGCUCCGGAGCCUCGACUCAGAGCGGGACACGCAGGAGAGAGAGACCCUGAUCACCAUAAUGAAGACGCUGAUCGACUUUGUGAAGAUGAUGGUGAAAUACGGCACCAUCACGCCCGAGGAAGGGGUGUCCUAUCUGGAAAACCUGGAUGCUAUGAUCGCGCUGCAGACCAAGAACAAGCUGGGCAAAUCUCUGGGGCCGGCAGACUUCACGGUUGCAGGAAAAAGCGUUGAUGAAGACGACAACACCAAGGCAGAGGCGGCAAAGAUGCAGAAGGAGUAUGAGAACCUGAAAGACUCAACCAAAGAGGAGCAGCCUUCACCCGACACCAGUCGACCGGGCAAAUCUGAAACUUACUUGGAGGCCAUCAGAAAGAACAUCGAGUGGCUGAAAAAACACAGCAAAGAGGAAGGAAAAGAUGAUUACGACCUGUCCAAGCUCAAAGACUUCAUGGACCAACAGGUGGAUUCUUACAUUGAGAAAGGCAUUAUUUCUAAGGAUGAAGGAGGGACAAUCAAGAGGAUCUACAGCAGUCUGUGAAUCCAGUAAUCUUACAAACGCAGGACUGAAUACAAUCUGACAGCAAAACCUUUAAAAAACAUAGAUUUCUUCACAGCUUGGCAUUGUACAAUCAAAACAACCCCCACUAGUGCUCAGAUAUUUACAGUACUGUGCAAUAAGUUGUCACCUAUCUAUGUGCAAAAUAGUAAGAAAAAAAAAAAAAGAAAAAAGAAAUCUAGAAUAAUUUAUAAACUUUAGGAAACUCUUUUGGUUUAAAUAUGGGGGUUGAAAUUGUCAUCAAACCACAAAAUGAAAUUGUGCAUUUAUUAAUUAAAACAGUGUUAGAUCUAAUCCGGCAUCAUAUUUAGUUAACACGUUUUGGCACAGUACUGGCUUACAUUAAUUUUCUUCUUCUCAGAGCUAACGACUGCACGACAGUAUAGAAGACUAGUAAAAGUACUCUUCUGAAUUUAAACAUUAAAAAGCUUUUGUCAAAUUAUAAUUUACCAUAUUGAAUGUUUGAAGCGUCAUUAACUUAUUUUCGUCAAAAUCCACUCCUGUACCGCAUCUCAUAGGCUGUUGAGUUCUAAUAUGUUUUAUUGUACCAAAAAUACUGUAUGUUGCGUAUCCUUCAGUGCCCUAAAUCUUACAUUUCAGUUCCGCUUUUGUCCACUAGAGGGAGACAUUGUAAAGGCCUGUCUGUUUCUCCUGCUUCUGUCUUUAGUGAGUUACAGUCAAAGCAUUUUAACAUGUGUGUAAAUAAGUGUGAUUUUCCUAAACUGUAAAAGCAAAUAAAAGAUUGUCUUUUCUUUA